AUUUUGGUGACAUUUUUACAAGUUUGGGUAUGCUAUUUCGAGAUUAGGAGUUUUCGACCGGCAGGACAAAAUUUGAUUACACCUAGUCCUCAAAAAUAAUUAUUUCACCAAAACCAAAAAACAAAAAAACAUUAAAAAUAAAUAAUGUGUUUACCACUUUACCAUUAGAACACAAGCCAAAGAAGAAACAAGAAAGAGCGAAAGAGCACCCUUCUUCUUUUCCCACUAUUUCCCCCAAGUUUAGAAAUUGAAGACCAAAUUGAGAAGAAAUGAUCUAGGGCAAGUUCAAACUCUUCCAGAAAUCGUAAUCACUUACUCGCUAGAUGAUAAAAGAGGUGUAAUUCAUAUCAAAAUUAUAGGCAGCUUUAUUGUGCAUGAUGAUUGAACUCUUUUUAUCGAAACCUAUUUGGGGUGAUGACAAGAAUUCUGAUACCGCUGACCUAAGAAUGCCCCUCUACAACGAGUUGGAAAAGAUCUUAUGGGGACUUAUUACCUCUGAAGGCCGAUCAGAGGCUAGAUUGUGGCUUUGUGAGGCUAUUUCUAACAUAAGUUCAAUCACCCCACCCGAACAGCGUGACCUAUUUAUGAGGUUGUUGAAAUCCAAGCCUCGUAAGUGGGAUAUUGCUUCUCAAGUCUUUCAAAUGCUCUUUGAGAGGAGACCACAGAAAGCUGGGAUAAUUUUGGCUAAGAAAUGUCACAGGCUUGAAAAGUUCUUUGAAGGAAAUCCAAAACGAAUCUUGCAAUGGUUUUCAACUUUUUCUUUGGUGGGUGAUUCGGCACAUGGUAAGGGUGCAAAGUCACUGGCACAGUUUGCCUUUGUAAACAGGGACAUAUGUUGGGAAGAGCUUGAAUGGAAAGGAAAACAUGGUCAGUCACCAGCAGUUGUUGCAACAAAACCUCACUAUUUUCUUGAUUUGGAUGUUCAACGCACAGUGGAGAAUUUUAUAGAAAAUGUACCUGAGUUCUGGUCGUCAGAGGAAUUUUCAGAGUCUUUAAAAGAUGGUGAAAUAUUAUCAGUUGAUACUAAGUUCUUUAUAGAUUACUUCCUCGAUUUAAUGUAUGAAGAUAAUCUGAAAGAAGUUUGGGAAGUUGUUGGCCAGUUUUUUAUGGAUGAAUCUUUUUCUUACCUUUGUAAACAUCUUCUAAUCAUUCUUGAUGAGCGGGACCUAUCUUCAUUAUUUCUGAUGCUUCACGAUCUUCUUACUAGAAGAAAGAGACCACUGAAUUUUGAUAACACAUCUUAUUGGUUAGAGAUUGUGAUAUGUAAGUGCGGUGACCAAGUAUCUAUCGACCAGUUAUUUCUGUUGAAUGCAUUGUUUAAUAAAGGGAGGCUACUUCUGCGGUUGGUACAUAUUGAAGGGACUGAGGAGAUGGCUAGAAUUAGUGAUCUAGCUUUAGAGAUCUGUACAAAUACAAGUGAAGCCAAGAGUUUGGCCCUGAUUUCCAAGGGACAAUUAAACUCAAAGACUAUAGAAUUGAUGAAAUGGCUUGGCCUUCUUUCAUGGAGCCUUCUUUACAGGUUGUCUAAGGAAGGUCAUACUUCUGAAUCCUGGAAAGCACUGUUUGUCAGUAAUAACAUUGGCUUUCGCAAAUCUGGUAUAUAUGGCAUGGAACGUGAUGGAAAUUCAGACGAGAAUGAACUGGACUUUGGUGAUGAAUCUACAACUAAUGCUAAACAUAAAAGGAGGCAAAAGAAAAGAAAGAAAAGGAGAAGGAACCGAGAUUGUGAUAAAUUAAGUGAUGAUGAUUUGCUUGACCUUGACGAUUCAAAUGAUAAAUUCAGUAUCCAGUCUAGUUCUAUAAGCUGGUUGCUUUCUACUGAUGGCUAUUCAUCUUCUUGGAGCUUGGUUGAUUUACCAGAACAUUUAUCAAAACAUUGUUUGAGACAAUGGAUGGAGCAGAUUUAUGAUGAUUGGAGUGAUACCACCUAAUUUGUUUCUGCAAAUCUUUGUUCCUUAGAAAUUUGUGAAUUUCACAAAAUAUACGGAUUUGGAUAAGGAUGGUACGGCUCUACAGGGUCUAUCACCAUCUACUUGUGUAUUACUGAAAAUUGGUAUGCGGGAUGCAGGCAAGAACAGUUCAAUAAAGCACACAUCUUUUUAGAUCUAGCUACUUCUGUAAUAUUCUCAGAAAACUCUGAUUUUUCACUUUCUUUCCUUUCCUCAUUAUUUCUCUCCUCCUUUAUCCAGUCUUUUUUUAUUGUUGAAUGCUGCUCACAGUUUUGUGGUGGUUUCUUCUCACUUCCUCAGGUAUCAUUCACCAAAAUUCUACUGGAUUCUAAACAAGUGUGAUACUACUGAUGCCGUGUUGUCCUUGUAAAUGAAGUUUUGGCAGAGUGAAUUUUCCCUGAUAUACUCAUAUAUUGCUUAAAAAAAGUUUGGUCAUUUCUUCUGUGAUGUGAAUAGCAUGGGCUAGGGAUGGUUAGAAAGAUGUUUGAAAUUUUGUAGCUUAGAUUUUCAGUUUUUGACCGAGGAACAAGCCUCUGGCAUUGUAAAAGUAUGGCUAUUUGAAGCUGUAAAACUAUAUGCCAUUUAACCAGUGAAUACUUUUUGCAAAGAGAGUAGCAUAAGAGGUUAUGCAAGUAUAAGUGUUGGACUUGUUAGUUAGGCUGAAAGUAGGCCAUUUGAGUUAACUUUUUUUUUGUUUU